AUGGUUUUGGCCGGAUCGGUUCUUGGUAUAUUACUUUGUAUUGCAAAUUUAGUAAUCAUUUUCCUCAAGACUCCAUGGAAUGAUUACUUCUUCGCAGGUUUUACCAUUGUCGGAACAAUCACCUUCAUUUGUACUGAAUUCUUCCUAACAGCUCGUUCCAGAAAAGAACUUACUUUACUUGACCAAGUCGAGGAUACUCAAGAUAUCACUAUCCUUAAGUCAAAGAAUAAUUUUAAGCAGAUCCUAGCCACGGGUUUUCAAUUUGCACAUCCAAUUUGUUUAGAUUUGUCAAUAUUCAAACUUGCUGCAAAUGAAUGGAAAGAUGCAUUAGAUAUGUGGUCUCUUUUCGCUAAAUUCUGUGCUAUUUAUCCAGAAAAUAGCCAAACAUUACAAAUGAUCAGAGCAAGUAUCGCUUCUGUCAAAACAAAAGACAAAUUAGUAGGUGUAAUCAUAGAAUGCACAAACUAUAUCAUCAAGACAAGAGAAACAAAGUACACACCUCAGUUAAAAACGAAAAUUUCAAAAUUAUCCAAAUUAUUUAUGAAGACAAGAAACAGACAACGCAACAUCUGGGAUCUAGUACUUCAAGGAAACAUAAGUGACUUAAGCUCAAUCAUUAAAAGAACUCAAGAAUCAGUAUAUGAAUGCGAAAUCGAAAUGUCUCACUUAUUAAUGCAGUAUCCAAGUAACAGAUUUAUUGCAAAGCAGAACAUGAUCUUCCUCAGCGAUGUAAAAGGCGAUCCAAUCGAAGCAAAGAACUAUUCAGAAACAUUAUCGAAAUUACAGAGGGGAUUUACGACAUCAGAAGACAACAUUCGUAGUCUAGGUAUGAUAGCGUUUCCAAAUCUCCCUGAAAUUUCAAAUACAGAACAGCAAGUUCAGAAAAUUAAAACAACAGACGACGGAUUAAUAACCGAUGACAUUGUAAUUGAAGAAACAGUCAAUAUAGAAGCCAUUGAGUCCAUUUCAAAGCAGAUAGAUAACCAUAAAAUCCCGGCUAUCCAAUUCAUCUACUUUUCUACGCUUUUGCUUUGGUUCUUUUUCAUUGUAUUGCCUUUUAUAGCAUUCCUCAUCGCUUACCAGUUCUUUGCUAAGCAGUUAUCCCAGCCAGUGACAUUCAUGGAGGGAAUUGCUCAAACAAGGAAUGUUAUUUCUAUGCUUAGCGGUUAUGUCAAUCGCUUUUUAUUUAUGCAAAUCGAUGAUCCACACAUGCCAGGAACAAAGGUUGGGGAAGCUUUACAACUUGUUGAAGGCAUGACAUUGUCACAUUUAGGCGGCUCUACUGUUUCAUCUGAAGUUUAUUGCUUCAAAAGUUCCAGAAUCGAACACAAAGAUGGCUCAACUUCGUUCAUUCCAGCCUAA